AGGUGUUCGUUCUCUUAUUCUCUUAUGUAGGUGGUGGAGGUGGUAGAAGAGGUAGAGAGUUGUGUAGACGUACGUGGUCGAAAGAAGCAGAAGGGUUUUAUAGAAAAGUAUGGAUGCGAAGACUUCAGAAUUCCUGUGGAAAGCUUCAAGAAUAGUUUCAACGAGAUCUGUUCUUCAGUGUCAUUAUUUGUCAAAAUGUAGAUCACUGCUACAAGAGAGUGGGGGUGUGCAUUUACCAGCAAAAGCAUUUCGUAAAUCGUCAAUGUGUAGCUUCUGUAGCAAUGUAUGGAUAUAUGGCAGAUGUCAUGUAUCAGUGAUGCCAAGGAAGCCAUUGGGAAGGAAGAUGAAGAAAAUUAUUUAUAAGCAGGAACAAUCCCUGGCACUUAGACCAUUUGAGAAGAAACUGUUUGAGAAAUAUGAAAAAUGGAACUAUAACAGACUGGUUUUGAAGUGCUCAGUUUGCUGCAAGAGAACCAUCAUACCAUUGUCUAAAGCAAUUAAAUUAAAGCCAUCUGAGGUUCAGAGUGAUAAUGUUGAAACUCCAAUUAAAAUUAAAAAGAAGAAAAAGAAGAAGAAAGAUACAUAUGCAGGGCUAAAUAGUUCCAUUAUAUCAGCAUACACUCCUAAAAGAGAACUCUCAAUUUUGAAGAGAGAAAAGAAAAAUAAGAAAGAUAAUAAAUUUGUAGAUAUUAGUCAGUCCAUAGAACCUGCAGUCACUCCUCAAGAGCAGCCGACACAAUCAAGAAGGAGAAAAGGGAAAGCAGAAGACAGUUCUAAUGGUUUAACACUGUUUUCUACAGCUGGACCAAAGGUGCAGAAAUUUAAAUCAACUGUCAGAGAACAAAUUGCAGCAGCAAAACAACAAAUUGUAUCUUCAAGAAAGAAGAAUAAAGAGAGAAUGAUAUUGGAAUUAGAAAAUACAGCGAAGAAAAUUAAAAAGCGUAGUGCUCUGCGGAAUAUUCUGGCUGACACUUCAGCUGCUUCUCAGAGUCCGAGACCAACGCUUAAAGAAUUUUUGGCAAGUUUGAAUUAACUCAUAUCUCUGGU